AUGGGAUUCCCGGACACCCCUGUUGAGUUAGCCAAUGGCAAACUCGUCUGCCAGGAUCAUGGUCUGCAAAUCUGUCAUCAAUGCUGUUGUGACUAUACCUUCAUAGACGACAGUGCCGAGCAGGUCUCCAGCGACGAAGAGGUUCCCUCGUCCUCAUCAGGCGAAGACCGCAAGAGCGAGGUUCUCUCGAGAGCCGAACCAGCCACCCAAAUUUUGACAGGUGCAGCUGCCAAGUUCAUCCCUUCUGGCCAGUCUUCCCAGUACUGCGAGGAGUGCAGUCUCACCUGGAUGUCGGUAUUCCCCGCAGACGUUCCGAUGGUCUUUGACGAGCUGUGCCCUACUCACGACUCACUUCCUGGUACUCGCGCCGAUCAACGCACGAUCUUCGUCAACAUCGAUGGUGCUUGUCCUGGUAACGGUACUACUCACGCAGUCGGAGGUCUAGGCGUCUCCUUUGGACCCUCUUCCAUCUACAACAUCUCCGAGCUCAUCCACCGCAAUCCUCGCAAGCCACCCACUAGUCAGCAAGCCGAGCUCAAGGCCGCCAUCCGUGCUCUUGAAGUCAUUCGCGAGAAAUACCUGCCUAACCGUCGCGUAACAUUGUCAUCAGCCAUGAACACCUGUCCCUGUCAUGAGGAAUGCUGGGCCAGAGGUCUCCCCUUCCGCAUCGUGCUCGUCACCGACUCCGCCUACCUCUUCGACUGCAUGACCUCCCACCUCCUCAUCUGGCGUUGGGACCCGAAGAAUCGACUCUACUCCAACAAGAAGAGUGGCAAGGUCAUCAUGAACUCAAAACACAUUCGUGGUGUGGUAGAGGAGAUCGAGAAGUUGGCUGGCAGCGGCGUGCAGGUUCUGUGGCGUAAGGUACCGAGGGAGUUGAAUGAAGAGGCUGAUCGUCUUGCGAAGGCUGGAACCAAGAUUGAGGUGAAGAAGACGGGCGAUUCGGGUUAUCUUGAUGAGCAGGGCGGCAUCAGCGAUGGUGCGCUGGCUCUGGGAAUGCUUAGUCUCGGAUUGGACCCACCGAUCUGA